AUAAAGUAAUUUUAUGUGUGUUUACAUCAGUAAACUGAUAAAAAUAUAAUGGCAGUUCCAUCAGUUUCAUUAUCAACGAGAAAUAAAAAGCAUUUUUUAGGUGUUCCAGCACCGUUAGGAUAUGUAGCUGGUGUUGGAAGAGGAGCUACUGGAUUUACAACUAGAUCUGACAUUGGUCCAGCUCGAGAUGCUAACGAUGUUUCAGAUGAUAGACAUGCUCCACCUACAAAAAGAACAAAAAAAAAGGAAGAAGAAGAAGAAGAUGAAGAAGAUUUAAAUGAUUCUAAUUAUGAUGAAUUUUCUGGAUAUGGAGGAUCAUUAUUUAGUAAGGAUCCAUAUGAUAAAGAUGAUGAAGAAGCUGAUGCUAUUUAUGAGGCAAUUGAUAAACGAAUGGAUGAAAAGCGUAAAGAGUACAGAGAAAAAAGACUCAGAGAAGAAUUAGAAAGGUAUCGUCAAGAACGUCCUAAAAUUCAACAACAGUUUUCAGAUUUAAAAAGAGAAUUGGUAAAUGUAAGCGAAGAAGAAUGGAAAAAUGUUCCAGAAGUUGGUGAUGCUAGAAAUCGAAAGCAACGAAAUCCACGAGCAGAAAAAUUUACACCAUUACCAGAUUCUGUUCUUGCAAGAAAUUUAGGUGGUGAAACAUCCACUAGUAUAGAUCCAUCAAGUGGUUUGGCAUCUAUGAUGCCUGGCGUAGCAACACCUGGAAUGUUAACACCUACAGGAGAUUUAGAUUUAAGGAAAAUUGGACAAGCAAGAAAUACUUUAAUGAAUGUUAAAUUGAAUCAAGUUUCUGAUUCUGUAGAAGGACAAACUGUUGUAGAUCCUAAGGGUUAUCUUACAGAUUUGCAAAGUAUGAUACCAACAUAUGGUGGUGAUAUCAAUGAUAUUAAGAAAGCCAGAUUAUUGCUAAAAUCCGUAAGAGAAACGAAUCCCAAUCAUCCUCCAGCAUGGAUUGCUUCUGCACGUUUAGAAGAAGUUACAGGAAAAGUGCAAGCUGCACGCAAUUUGAUAAUGAAAGGUUGUGAAGUAAAUCCUACAUCAGAAGAUUUAUGGUUAGAAGCAGCUAGACUUCAACCACCAGAUACAGCUAAAGCAGUAAUUGCUCAAUCUGUUCGACAUAUACCAACAUCUGUUAGAAUUUGGAUAAAAGCAGCGGAUUUAGAAACUGAAACAAAAGCAAAAAGAAGAGUAUAUCGUAAAGCAUUAGAACAUAUCCCAAAUUCAGUAAGAUUAUGGAAAGCUGCAGUAGAAUUAGAAGAACCAGAAGAUGCGCGAAUUUUACUUAGUCGAGCGGUCGAAUGUUGUCCAACUAGUGUAGAUUUAUGGCUUGCGCUUGCUCGAUUAGAAACCUAUGAUAAUGCCAGAAAAGUACUUAAUAAAGCAAGAGAAAAUAUUCCAACUGAUAGACAAAUUUGGACAACUGCUGCUAAAUUGGAAGAAGCAAAUGGAAAUAAACAUAUGGUUGAGAAAAUUAUUGAUCGUGCAAUAUCUUCUUUAAGUGCAAAUGGUGUGGAAAUUAAUAGAGAACAUUGGUUUAAAGAAGCUAUGGAAGCUGAAAAGGCUGGAGCAGUACAUACAUGUCAAGUAAUAGUUAAGGCAAUUAUUGGUUUUGGAGUAGAAGAAGAGGAUAGAAAACAUACAUGGAUGGAAGAUGCAGAAACUUGUGCUCAACAAGGUGCAUUGGAAUGUGCUAGAGCAGUGUAUGCUUAUGCAUUGUCGACAUUUCCAAGUAAAAAAUCGAUUUGGUUACGUGCUGCUUAUUUUGAAAAAACAUAUGGAACACGAGAAUCUUUAGAAUCUUUGCUUCAAAGAGCAGUUGCUCAUUGUCCAAAGAGUGAAGUACUUUGGCUUAUGGGUGCAAAAUCAAAAUGGUUAGCUGGAGAUGUUCCAGCAGCAAGAGGUAUAUUAUCACUUGCAUUUCAAGCAAAUCCAAAUUCAGAGGAAAUUUGGUUAGCAGCUGUAAAACUAGAAUCAGAAAAUUCUGAAUAUGAAAGAGCUCGACGGUUGCUCGCGAAAGCACGAGCAUCUGCACCAACUCCUAGAGUGAUGAUGAAAAGUGCAAAAUUAGAAUGGGCUCUGAAUAAUCUUGAUGCAGCUUUAUUACUUCUAAAGGAAGCAUUAGAAGCAUUUGAUGAUUUUCCAAAAUUAUGGCUAAUGAAAGGACAAAUCGAAGAACAACAAGGAAACUUGGAUAAAGCUUUAGAAACAUAUAAUCAAGCUAUAAAAAAAUGUCCGAAUUCUAUUCCAUUGUGGCGUUUAUUAGCACAAUUAGAACAUAGAAAAGGUCAAGUUACUAAAGCUAGAUCAGUUUUGGAGAAGGCUCGCUUAAAAAAUUCAAAGAAUCCAGAACUUUGGUUAGAAGCUAUCAGAAAUGAAUUAAAGAUUGGUGGUGUGAGAGAUAUGGCAAAUACGCUUAUGGCAAAAGCACUUCAAGAAUGUCCAACAUCUGGUUUACUUUGGGCAGAAGCAAUUUUUAUGGAACCUCGACCGCAAAGAAAAACAAAAAGUGUAGAUGCUUUGAAAAAAUGCGAGCAUGAUCCUCAUGUGCUUCUUGCAGUAUCUAAAUUAUUUUGGUGUGAACAUAAAAUUUCGAAAUGUCGAGAUUGGUUUAAUCGAACAGUUAAAAUAGAUCCAGAUUUAGGAGACGCUUGGGCAUAUUUCUAUAAGUUUGAACUUUUAAAUGGAACAGAAGAACAACAAGAAGAUGUAAAAAAGAGAUGUAUUGCUGCAGAACCUCAUCAUGGUGAAAAUUGGUGUAAAGUUUCUAAAAAUAUAGUAAAUUGGUGUUUAAGUACUGAUCAAAUUUUAGUAUUAGUUGCAAAAGAUUUACCAAUUCCAAUAUAAUAUUUUAUUAAUAAUUUAAAUUAAUAUUACAUAUAGAUAUUUUUUAAAAAUUAGCUAUAACUGAAUAAAUAAUUUAAAUAUAAAAUUUUUUAAAACUAAUUUUUAAAAUUCACUUUUAAUAUCCAUUUUAUUUUAUUCAAAUAUUUUGGCUCAUAAUUUUUUAUAAUAUUGUACAUGCAUAUUUUUAUAAUAAUUUAAGAUAUUUCAAUUUCAAAGCCAUUUUUUAAACAUAAAUUAUUUUACGGAAUAAAUUUUACGGAAUAAAGAGAGUAAAUAAUAGGAAAAGAAUAAAGAUGGAAUAAAAAUGUUAAAAUCAGCUUUAUGUUCAGAGUAUCGCAAAUUGAACAAAGAAAGAAUAAAAAAUAGUGAGAGAAGAACAGAGAUAAGAUAAGAAUUGAUCAUCAGUGUCAUCUUUUAAAUGCUAAAAACAUCUGUUUAAAAAAAAUGUAAGAUAAUAACAAUUAAGAAUCAUCGCCAUCUCUUGAGUAUUUUUGGUAUUUAAUCUUAAGAUAUUAAGAUAUUUUUGAUAUUUAAUCUUAUUCAAGAGAUAGCACUGAUCUUCAAUUCUUAGUUUAUUUCUGUUCUGCUCUGUUCUGCUUUUUCUAUUCUUUCUCUUUAUGUUUUAUUUACGGCACUCUGAAGAUGGCGUUGAUUUCAAUAUUUUUAUUGUAUUUCUAUCCUUCUCCCUAUUUGCAUUCUUUAUGCAUUUUUUCUAUAAAAUUCUAGAUUGUUAUAUUAUCUCUAUCAUAAUAAUUAUAUAUAUAUAUAUAUAUAUAUAUAUAUACACACAUUUAUACAUUUUAAUUUCAUUGUGCUACUAUUAAUAUUACAAUCUUAUUCUGUGCCGAAUCGAUAAUAUUGUAAAUAUUAAAAUGAUAUGUGAUACGUGGAUUUAAGUAUAUUCUAGAAAAACAAAAAAUACAUUAAAUAAUAUGAUAUGUUUAUGUAUCUUGUUUAUGAUUUUAGCAUGUUUAGUGAUUGAUAUUAGAAAAUUGGUAUUAGAAAAUUUUUCAGCCAUAAACAAAAUAUAAAAUUUUAUAUUGCAUCUUAAAUUUCAUUUAUUAUAGAUAAUCAAAUAAUAUGAAUAAUUAACAAGGAAUAUUUUUUCUUGUUGAUAAUAUUAAUAUAUUUAAAUAUCUAUUGAUUUAUUAAAUUUUUAUUUAUCAAAUAUUUCUUUUGAAAUAUUCUUAAGCAUUCAAUAAAUAUAACCUAUAAAAUUUAUUAUUUGUUUGCUUAGAAAAUGCAUUUAUUAUUGCAAAUAAUAUAUAAAAUAUAGUUGUUAUAUUAAAUAUAAUAAGUUAUAUUAUAUAUUUCUUAAUUUAAAUAAAUAUUUAUUUUUUUAUAAUUAAAUUAUUUUUUUAAUUCAUUUUUUUAACAAUUUGUUGGAAAAAUCGUAGAUUACUAUUUUAAAUAAAUAUUCUAAAUACAUAAUGAAAUUUCAAGUUUCCAAAUAUAUUUCACAGAAACAGUGAACGGGACUGCCAUAUGACGUGCAGCUGGAAUAAUUGUAAGAUGAGUCAUUUCAACUCUUGUCAACCCCUAAAAGCCCUUCAAUUUUGUUCCCUUUUAAUUAUAUCAAAUGUAGCAUUUUUACAAUACUUUUGCUAUAAUAAUAAUUUUCAUUUAUUCAGCAAUAAUAAUAAAUAUUGAUUGAAAAAAAAUCUAAUCUAAUAACGAAAUAAAAAUACUGAAAAUGAAUUUACGCUUGAAAAACAUGAAACUUUUUCGUGCAUCGAAUGCGAAAUCAUACUCGUCGCCAAGGGUGAGUCAGCCACCCUCCCGAUGACGGUCAAGGAGACCAUUGGAGGAAGUGUUCGAAGGAUGGAAGGAGGAAUUCAACAGAAGGGGGGAGGAAAAUGAUGCUGUGCGAUUGGCCAACAUUCAGGGCCGGAAUUUGUGGUGGGAGUUAAACAGUGUGAGCGUAGGAUCGACAGAAGUAAGAGUGAAAGAGUAGUUCGCCGGUGUUACUUGGUGUUACGUGCUACGAAAUCACUAACCGGUCAGUCAGUGUACUGCUUCCAUCCUGCCCUUGAACACUUGGCUGGACGGUGUUAGCGUUUGCCUACCUUUCUAAGUGACAACUGACAGGUCAGUGCUCUUUGCCGUCGAUGCAUUUUAUUUAUGGUCAGUUAAAUUGCAUGCGCUUUUAAAUAAAUAAAAAUAUAUGGUGAUAUUUUAAUAAGAUAUCAAAGUAAACCGGCUUUUAUUACCUCUCCAAGAAAGAUAUAUUAUUGUGUGUGUAUAUAUUUUUUUUAAUAAGAUAAAAACUAUUUGAAAACGACCGGUAUUUACAAAUUGUUAUUUUUAUUACUUUUGAAAGAAAAAAAUUAGCAAUAUAUACACACAUACACACACACACACAUAUACGUUCAAGAAUAUCGAUCGUCUUCAUUAUUCUGCGAUCAAAAAUGGAGGGGUGUGGUCAAAUCUUUACAUGUUUUGUGUAUAUACAAAUUUUGAUACGAAUUAAUUUUUUAAUAUUUUUUUUUUAAUAUAUUUGAUAUAUAUAUAUAUUUUAUGUAUUGUGACAUUUUAUAUAAAAUAAUUAUUAUUUAAAUAUCUAAUAUCAUUAUUAUUACCCUUUAUAUAUCAUUGCAUGUAGAAUUAUAUUUUCGUAUAAUAAUUAUAUAUUUUAUAUAUUUAGAAUGAUAAUUAAGUUUUAGAUAAAUGAGUCAUAUUUAAUUAUAUAUUUCAGAAACGUAGCCUUAUAUUUAUUGCUAAGUUUCUGUGAGUCCUUAUAUUAGGAUGAUAAGGAUGGAGCAAGGGCGUGGUUUUGACAGAUGCACUCCGCUGCGCAUCAGGCACGCAAAUGCGUUUCUGGUUACCGAUUGAUGAGCACGCUUCUGUUUCUUUCGACCGCUCCCCCGAUGCAACCCUGCAUGUCCAAAACCGAUAUAUACGCGUAUCACAGACACGAGGGGGCGUGCGCACACCGCUAUUUCAUUCACGUUCCGGAAGAGAAAUAUCUUAAAAUUUCUUUCAGCAUUUUCAAGGUCUGGAUUAAGAUAUAAUGUUAUAUAUAAUUUUAUAUAUAUAAUUAAUAAAAGAAAUAUUAAGACAAUGCGAAAAUAAAUUUAAUUUGUAAUUUUUUUUCUAAUUUAAUUUGUUUUAAUUAUUUGUUUAUUAGAUAAAGAUUUAUUAUUCACAUAAAAUUUCUAAUAAAUUUUUUAAUAUAAUUAUUUAUAUUUAUAUAUAAUAUUAUUUAUAAUAUUAUUAUAUUUAUUCUUUAUUUAGCAAAUAUAAUAUCCAAAAUGUUAUUGGACAUGUAUGUCAUAUUUUAUAAUUAAUGAGAUUAAAUUAGAAUUUUAUAAUAUUUAUUGACGAUAAAUAGUUUCGUAUUUAUUUAUGAAAUCUUUAAGAUUUACUAUUGCAAAGUCACCAUAAUAUGAUAUUUAUGUAUAUUUAAUAAUAGUAAAAUAUAUAAUUAAAUUUAUAAGAGUAAAAUUUGUAUGUAUAUAUUCAAUAUUUAGUUAUAUAUUGUAAUAUACAAAAUUCAUUUCAUAGAACGAAAAAAGAAAAAUUUUACAAAACGAAUUCUAAGUUGCGAAUAAAACGGGCCGCUUAGUAACACGCCCCUGAACAUACGCGCCACCGCUCGAUACGACACGCGCGCGUCCAGGGUUCGUUAGCCGUCACGGUUGCACGAAAGAAAGACGAGAAGGAGAAAGAGAGAAAAAGAGGGCGUUUGUAUCGCAUUUGCUCGUAGCGCAGUCGCGACAUGGAAUCAUUGUAACAAACGUAUUUUUUAGCUACACUGCAUGCUUUUAUGUAGGUAUAAUAUGGUAUACGUAGGCAACUUAACGUGUAUGCAGUUCAUCAUCACCGUUAACCAGUCGAUGGAAUAAGCACACUGGUUCGUUCAGAAGCGAACCGCUGCAUACGCCAUUGAAAGUCCUCCAUUAAACGUGAUUACCCAAGUUAAUUGACAAGCCGCGCGAACUUGUUAGUUGUCAACCAUAAGAUCUUUACCAGGAACAGAUGACAAUGUCUGGCCAGAAACUCUUGAACGAUCGACUGAUCAUAUCGAUUCCACCGGAUAUGUUUACAGUCAAUUGGUUUCAAAUACAUUCGUUCGAUUUACGUGGAAAUUCUAAAUUAUAUAUUCGUUUCCCUUAUAAUUAUUUGUAGCGCUUUUAAUUGAAAAUAUAUAAACAAUCAUUGUAAAUACAGUGAAUAAAUAAUAAUUAAAAUUCAAAUAAUUGAUAAAAUAAUAUUGAUAAAAAAAUUAAGCAUUCUUUUCGAUAUAUAAUUUUACAAUUAUGUAUUCAAUCUCGUGAUGAGCAUGAAUUGUCGAAGCGUGAUGUACAGAUAUGUUCUGUAAACCGGCUAGCGCGUCGAUGCGAACAACCUAGUUUCCUUAUUAACUUGCAGACCUCUUUUCUCUUCGCGAGAUCAAGUAGGAUUUAUCGUGAUUUCUCUUCGAACACUGACGUAUUGAGACCGUUUUUAGUUCUCCUUGUUAUAUUGUAAUCCAAUGAAAUACAUCAUUGAGAACCAUCAUUGCUUUUCUGACUUUUGUGAAAUCGACCGACUUUACGCUGUAAUAUGAAAUUAAUAAAAUUAUUCGCUUUGAAAAUAUAUAAA